UUUCUCCGCGACUUGGUUGGAGGGCAUGCGAAUGUGGCACUCAGUGGAUUAAUUUGAUGUGAAUCGGGGGCGUGUGGUAGGUGCAUCAUUGCAGAGACCUAUCUACGUGCUUUAAUGUGAUCUGUAUUCACAUCUGAGGGACUUGGUCACUGUCAGCACAGAUACGUUUUAUCUGCUAAGCAGAGCCGUUUGCAUUUAACGCAGAGGAAAGCUGCCGUAAUACUUAAGAGAGAUUGCUAGGCAGCGGUUGGAGGAUUUUCGUCUGCUACGCUUCCAACGGAAAAGCUAGUACCGGCUUUCAGUGAAGAGAUUCUGGAGACGCGCUUUUGGAAUUUGAUGUUCUUUUCGUACUGGUGGACCUGGAUUUUAUAACGGGCAUUUGUGGAUAGAAAAGGCAUCGCCAAAUUUAAACCUAUGGCAUAUCAUCAGAGUGCUGCGGGGGAGAUCUGCACAGUGGGGUUGUGCGGAAAGAAAACCAGCGCACCGUGUAUUGACACGAUUUAGUCGAAAUCCGAUGGAAAGAAACAACAGUGAAAUGGGAAAAUAUGAGGAGUGAGAAGACUGGAUUCCCCAGAGGCUCAGUACUCUGAGUAGGGCUGAUGUUCCUUCUACAAGGUGUGUGAACCUGCAUGACAAUGGAAAACCUGCUGGUCUACCUGCUGGUUAUUAGCAUGGCAGUGAAGGCCCAAAACUGUCCGAAACGUUGUAUCUGUCAGGUACUGUCCCCCAACCUUGCAACUCUCUGUGCCAAAAAGGGGCUGCUAUUUGUCCCCCCCAACAUCGAUAGGCACACUGUCGAGCUGCGGCUGGGUGACAACUUUGUCACAACCAUAAAGAGGAAAGACUUUGCCAACAUGACAAAGCUGGUGGAUCUCACCCUCUCGAGAAACACCAUCAGCUUCAUCACCCCCCAUGCUUUCACCGACCUGGAGAACCUGCGCGCCCUGCACCUGAACAGCAACCGGCUGACGCGGAUAUCAAAUGACACCUUCAGCGGUAUGUCCAAGCUACACCACUUAAUCCUCAACAACAACCAGCUCACUUUCAUCUAUAUCGGGGCUUUCAACGACCUCUUGGCUCUUGAGGAGCUGGACUUGUCCUAUAAUAACCUGGAAAGUAUUCCCUGGGAAGCUAUCCAGAGAAUGAUCAGUCUGCACACACUGAGCCUAGAUCACAACAUGAUUGACUACAUCCCUGAGGGGACCUUCUCUCUCCUGCAGAAGCUUAACCGUCUGGACGUCACCUCCAACAAGCUCCAGAAGCUUCCGCCAGACCCCCUUUUCCAGAGGGCCCAGGUCCUAGCCACGUCGGGCAUCAUGAGCUCGACGUCCUUCGCGCUGAGCUUCGGCGGAAACCCGCUGCACUGCAACUGCGAGCUCCUCUGGCUGAGGCGGCUGUACCGCGAGGACGACCUGGAGACCUGUGCCACGCCCGCGCACCUGUCGGGCCGCUACUUCUGGUCAGUUCCCGAGGAGGAGUUCCUCUGCGAGCCACCUCUCAUUACGCGGUACACCCAGGAAAUGAGGGUGCUGGAGGGGCAGAGGGUCACCCUCCGGUGCAAGGCCAGGGGGGACCCCGAGCCUGCCAUCCACUGGAUCUCCCCGGACGGCAAGCUGGUGUCCAACUCAUCACGGGCACUGGUCUACAGCAAUGGCACGCUGGACAUUCUGAUCAGCACAGUGAAGGACACCGGUGCCUUCACCUGUAUCUCAUCCAAUCCAGCAGGGGAGGCCCACCAGACUGUGGAGCUCCUCAUUAUCAAGCUGCCGCAUUUCACCAACAGCACAAACACCAUGCAGGAACCUGAUCCGGGCUCCUCUGACAUCUCCACCUCCACCAAGUUCGGCGCCAACAGCACCAACCACACUGGCGAUACCAAGGCCAGCCCCGACAAGCGGGUGGCAGUGGCCGAGGUGACCUCCUCCAGUGCCCUUGUCAAGUUCAACUUCCAGAGAAACAUCCCUGGAAUCCGCAUGUUCCAGAUCCAGUACAAUGGUACCUAUGACGACUCCCUCGUUUACAGAAUGAUCCCGCCUACCAGCAAGAACUUCCUGGUGAACAACCUGGCAGCAGGGAUGCCCUAUGACCUGUGUGUCCUGGCCAUUUACGACGACGGCAUCACCUCUCUGACGGCCACCAGAGUAGUGGGCUGCAUCCAGUUCACCACGGAUUCCCAGUAUCUCAGCUGCCACUUCAUGCAAUCCCAGUUCCUCGGCGGCACCAUGAUCAUCAUCAUCGGGGGCAUCAUCGUGGCGUCUGUGCUGGUCUUCAUCAUCAUCCUCAUGAUCCGCUACAAGGUGUGCAACGCUGGCGAAGGCGGCAAGGGGGCGCAGUUCAGCGACGUCCACUCCCAGACUAACGGGGCCCAGUCGCAGGGCUGCUCGGUCACGCCCUCCGUCUCCAAGCAGGCCCUGGGGCAGGACGUCAGCUUGUACCGCAAGGCGUCCGCCGCCACCGCCGUGCCGACAAUCGCGGUGCCCCUCGACACGCUGACCCACUCCUCAGAAACCUCCCUCCCGGACUGCUCCACCACCUCCACGUCCGUACUCAGUCCCGGCUGGACCCCCGUGUCCUCCGGCUCCCUGAAGUCCAAACGUCGACCAGCGCCCAGACCCUCCGCAGAGACUCCAGCCGAGGUGCCGCCGGCCUCCGCCGACACGCAGAACACCAACCGGAACAACUCCACCUCCCCACGCUCCCCUGGCCCCUUGCCCCCCGGGCGUAUCAAGGACACGCCCAUCCUCAGGAGGGCCCACCCGAAGGCCCCCCACCGGUAUCUGACUCUGCCGGCCGAGGGCAAGGCGCAGAGGGCCAAACGCCGCUACUCGCUCAACGAGGACCUUUCCAAGCACCACUGCUACAUUGGCUCCCAGAGGCGGGGCAACAUGUGGUCCAAGCGGAGCAUGUCCAUGAGCGGGAUGCUGCUGCAGCAGGAGGAGUCGGACGGGGAAGGGGGGAGGGACGUUAGCGCCGAGUGGAUACUGGAAAGCACCGUAUGAUUGGGUUUCCAUGUGUCCGCAUCGUUUUCUAACGCUGGCGUGUUUCGUUCGUUCGGUCUCGGAAAAGCAAAAGGGGCGUGCAGAUCCGGACUUGUUAGGAUUCUGAUUUCCUCUUUGCUCUAACUAUUGACCCCCUUCGACUUGCGCUGCGCUGCGCUGUCCCAGACUGCUGUCGGGCCCAGCGAGACCAUUUCAGCACAAGGAAACAAAUGACCCCACGUAACGGAAAUGUGAAAAUGCUUAUCCCCAAAGGGGGCUAUGGGGUCGUACGCAGAUUUCACAAAAAAGCCUUUUUACAAAGGAAAUGACCUUUCCUGUAUAGUACAGUAACAAAAUAACAAGAGCACAGUUGUUAUGGGACCUCACAUUAUUUUGAUAUUUUUCAAAAAUAAAUUCAUGUUUUCUUUUCAGUGACAUUUAUACUGCCUUGGAUUGAGGCACACAAAAAAAUCUCUGUACAGUAAUACAACAUCUGUUGUGUUGUUAUGUUGUGUACAAUAAACUAGAAAACACCUAUACUGAAA